GCCUUAGUACAUUGUAUUUAUCUUUUAAACGAACGGCGUAAACAAACUGUCGAAUUAGUUAUUGAAUUAAUGGACGCAUCCUCCAGCCCGGCCGAUAAGAUGGCAUCGAAAACUGCCAGCAGUAAUUCGCUAGACAGCAGCUCCAAGUCCAGUUCGUUGGGGUCGAAGCACGGCGGUGAGAAUGGUAUGAUGAGGGAUACGCCUUUUAUCUACUUGGAUGGUGAAGAGGAUCAGGAUCAGAAGAACGAUGUGACCUAUGUGUGCCCGUACCGAGGGCCCGUUUUCGGUGCACUAACAAUAACCAAUUAUCGCCUGUACUUCCGCUCAUUGCCGUUGCGCGAACAAGAGCCGCCGCUGAUUGUGGACGUACCAUUGGGUGUAAUUGCGCGCGUGGAGAAGAUUGGUGGUGCCACUUCUCGGGGCGAGAACUCCUAUGGCAUUGACAUCUUUUGCAAGGAUAUGCGCAACUUGCGCUUUGCCCACAAACAGCAGAAUCAUUCCAGGCGUACUGUCUUUGAAAAAUUGCAGGCCAAUGCAUUUCCGCUCUCCUAUAGCGGCAGGCUCUUCGCUUUUGCUCAUGCCGCAGCCGGUGGCGGUAGCGCGACUGCCUCGUCUAGUGCCGGCGCUGGCUGGGAUGGCUGGGCCGUUUACGAACCUCUUGCGGAAUUGCGUCGUCUCGGCGUGCCCAACGACAUGUGGCGAGCAACAAAGCUAAAUGAGUCGUAUAGUGUGUGUGAUAGCUAUCCAGCUGUGUGGGCUGUACCAAAGGCUGCUUCGGACGAUUUCCUGCGACGCGUUGUACAGUUUCGUUCACGUGGUCGCCUGCCCGUUCUCUCCUGGAUGCAUCCCAAAUCACAGGCUACCAUUACACGCAGCUCACAGCCAUUAGUGGGCUUAAGCGGCAAGCGGAAUGCCGACGACGAGCUCUAUUUAAACUAUAUUAUGGAGGCGAAUGCGCAGUCGGACAAACUGACUAUUAUGGAUGCACGACCCAGUGCCAAUGCGGUUGCCAACAAGGCCAAGGGUGGCGGUUACGAGUCGGAAGGUGCGUACAAAAACGUGGAAAUUAAUUUUCUGGAUAUACACAACAUCCAUGUGAUGCGGGAGAGCUUGCGCAAGGUGAAAGAGGCAUGCUAUCCCACCACUGAUGAUAGUAAAUGGCAGACCACCAUCGACAGUACAUUGUGGCUGAAACAUAUACGCUGCAUAUUGGCUGGUGCCGUGCGCAUUGUCGAUAAGGUGGAGACAAUGAGCACUUCAGUGGUGGUACAUUGCUCCGAUGGCUGGGAUAGAACGGCUCAGUUGACAGCGUUGUCUAUGUUGCUACUAGAUCCGCAUUAUCGCACUGUGCGAGGAUUUGAAGUGCUUAUCGAGAAAGAGUGGCUGUCAUUUGGACACAAGUUCCAGCAACGCAUUGGCCAUGGCGAUAACAAGCAUUCGGAUGCGGAUCGAUCGCCAGUAUUUCUGCAAUUCAUCGAUAGUGUGUGGCAAGUUAGUCAGCAAUAUGUAAACGCGUUCGAGUUUAAUGAGCACUUCCUCAUCACCAUUGUGGAUCAUUUGUAUUCGUGUCGAUUUGGCACCUUUCUGUGCAACACCGAAGCAGAACGUGUUGCCGAGGAUUUGAAGCAUCGCACCAUAUCGCUAUGGACCCAUAUAAACUCAUCGCUUGACCAGUAUUUGAAUCCAUUAUUCCCAUCAUUCACACAUGGCGCCGAAUUGGUGCUGCGUCCCAUUGCAAGCGUACGCGCGGUCCGCCUAUGGAAGGGCCUGUACUGUCGUUGGAAUCCUGGCCUGUGUAUGCCACAACAUGGUUGUCAGCGCACACGCGAGCUGCUUUCCAAACAGGAUCAGCUCUUUAAGCAUACGAACGAGCUGCGUCAAAAGUCCAACAAUCGAAGCAACAAUAUGCAGACGACCACACGCCUCGCCUCACCCAUGCAUUAAACGGGACUAAUGGAUCCUGUAUUCUAUUUUAGAUUUAUUAAAAAUAAACUAGCAAACUAAUGGAAAAUAAAUUCAAAAUAUGUAAUGGAAUUUUAAGUAUACAUAUAGUAUAUGUAUAUUUAACUGUUAAGAUAUGACUAAUAAAAUUAUUUAAAGUGA